AGACUAUUUUCUUCCCAUUAGAAACGACAGACUGGUCUAUUUUGGGUGACUUAUUAAAAAUCGUUGUCCAGUUUCCGCUCUGUUUUAGCUAACUAACAAUCUAGUUAGUUGUUUAGCCGUCUUUGUUUAUAUUGAUAAAACACUCUAAUUUUGACACAAUUUAGGUCGCCAACCUAUCGUCAGUCAUUUAAUAAGUGCAAGCUCGCGAAAAGAAAGAAAGCAACCACGAAGAAUAUGGAGGUUGAUUUCCCAGAGCAAGACGCUAGUAGCACAGACGAAGAAGAUACUGUCAGCUCUUCUGUAUCUGAAGAUGGAGACAGCUCGGAGAUGAACGACGAGGACUGCGAGAGGAGACGAGUGGAAUGCAUGGACGAGAUGACUACCCUGGAGAAGCAAUUCGGCGACUUGAAAGAACAGCUGUACAAGGAGAGGCUCUGUCAGGUGGAUAUAAAGCUACAGGAGGUCAUAGCAGCCUGUGCCCAAGAGUAUCUGGAACCACUGGCCAACCUACAGGAGAAUAUGCAGAUCAGAACUAAAGUGGGCGGGAUCUACCAAGAGCUGUGUCUGGAGUCUGUGAAGAACAAGUACGACUGUGAGAUCCAGGCUGCCUGCCAACACUGGGAGAGCGAGAAGCUGUUGCUGUUUGACACGGUGCACAGUGACUUAGAGGAGAAGAUCAGACGCCUGGAGGAGGACCGACACAGUAUCGACAUCACCUCAGAACUGUGGAACGAUGGUUUACGUUCACGGAAGAACAAGACGAAGGAUCCCUUCUGCCCUGUCAAGAAAAAGAAGCCUGUUGUUGUCUCGGGUCCAUAUAUUGUUUACAUGUUGCAAGACCUCGAUGUACUUGAAGACUGGACAGCAAUACGAAAGGCACCACAGGCGGAGGUGACAUUAGGGUCGCACAGGGUCAAGGUUGAUGUCCCUACCAAGGCGGACAGACACCACCAUGUGGCGAGGUCAGAGGAGGGCAGACUGUUCUAUGACAGCCAGUGGUAGUGCAGAGGACAGGCCUUGUGCAUCAACAAGAAGGACCAACACACUACCAGCGCCAUAAUAACCGCCAUAAACCAUGACGAGGUGUGGUUCAAACAGCCUGACUGUCCAAACUCUACGUCUCUCAGCUGCAGGAAGGCAAAUACACCAUCAAACACUCCUAAUGUCCCUCACAGCCUGCCGUACUCUUUCACCCUGGAUAACAGAUGAACUCCACUGUCAUAAUGUCCUCUCCUUUAUGUCAGUGGACUUAAGCAAGCCUGGUCCUGGAGAGCUACAGGUCAGGAUGUGUAGGGUCAGUGACUAAUGCUCUUUGUAUGUUAAUAUGAUCUGCAAGGCCAACAAGUGUCAUUCCUUCUCUAAACUGGAAACGAGAGAAGCGAAAUUCUGGUUGUAAGGAGGAGUGGUGUUGUAGUGGGUCUUUAGUGUAUUUUACCCUCCCCUUUCUCCCUAAUGACUAUCUUGUUUCAUCGCUGCAACUCCCUAACGGGCUCAGGAGAGGCGAAGGUGAAUUCCGAAACAUGACUCGCCAAGCCGCACUCCUUAACACCCGCCAGCUUAACCCAGAAUCCCGCCGCACCAAUGUGUCGGAGGAAACACUGUUCAACUGGCGACCGGGGUCAGCCUGCAGUCACCUGGCCAGCCACAAGGAGUCGCUAGAGCGCGCCCCCCCCCCCCCCCCCCCCCCCCGCGAUGCAGUGCCUUAGACCGCUGCGCCACUCGGGAGGCCCCAUAGUGUGCCUUUUUUUUAAACAAGGUGAUGCCUACAGUCUUGAACUAACCCUGCUCUUCUGGCCGGUGAGAACAGGACGAGGAUCAAGUCAAGGACAAUUGGUUGUGACUGGAUGGCUGGCUAAACCCUGGCCCUAGUGAUGUGUUUCCUUCACUGUGAGACCCCCACCUCUUGUUGUCGUCUUUCAUGUCUCUGUUACUAUUCUGAUACGGAUACACCGCUCUCGCUUUUUCUGUCUUCCUGCCCUCCUCAAGGGGACAUGAGACCAUUUUCACCUAACCAAUGCUGUCAGAUGUGUUAUCAAUUCAAGGAAGGAAGGAUGGCUGUUAACUGUAUUUUUAGCAUGGCCAAGGUCAGUAGAGAUGUGUCAAAAUGUCUGGUUGUUGUACAAUCACGUCCAUGCAAUCCCAGUCUUUUGCACAUUAUUGCAUAUUGUGGGAAAGCAUUUGUUUGUCUGUGUAUAAAGUACCACCUGCCAACUUUUUUUUUUUAUAUCUUAAGGAUUCUCAACAUAUAAUGAAUUGUGUAGAUGUUACAUGCUGUAUAUAAUGGGAGCAUCUGCUGGGGUUUUUUCGCAGCCUAUGAAGAAUUCUACUUAUGUCCGUCUGAGUACGACCAGACCAAAUGUUUCACUGCCAUCAGUUGAACAGUAGUCCUGCUGCCUUGAGGUUUUAUUUGUAGAGUUGUUUUAUGUACGCUCCGUCUACCCUUCAUUGUCAUGUUAUGCGGGAGGAAAAUCUGAAUAAAAUGUCAGUCACAAUUCAUGUACAGCAAAUAAAAUAUUUAAUUUUGUAGUAAA